CUCGGUCCACGAGGAAUGUCGGGUCCGUGUGAUUUAAAAAUAGCCCGAUCUGAUCUUCAGCCUGACACGCUGCUCCGGCGAGGCUCAUAGUGGUGCGAGCAGCAGGAAUGUGAAGAUGGCCACAGAUCUGGGAGAGCUACUGGUCCCGUACAUGCCCACCAUUAGAGUGCCGAGGACGGGAGACAGGGUUUUCAAGAGCGAAUGCGCGUUUUCCUACGACUCUCCCGAAUCGGAGGGAGGUCUGUAUGUGUGUAUGAACUCAUUCCUGGGUUUCGGAAGAGAACAUGUGGAGAGACAUUACCGUAAGACUGGACAGAGUGUGUACAUGCACUUAAAACGACAUGUGAAAGAGAAAGCCACAGGUGCUGCCGGGGGUGCCAUACCAAGAAGAAGGAAUGGAAAAGUCUUUUUAGAUUUAGAGCUUAACCGUGAUUUUAACGGAGAUGAUUAUGAGUAUGAAGAUGAAGCCAAGCUUGUCAUAUUUCCAGACCACUUUGAGAUCCCUUUACCAAAUAUUGAGGAGUUGCCCGCACUGGUGACAAUAGCCUGUGAUGCCGUCCUCAAUGCUUUAUCUCCAUACAAAAAGCAGGAGUCUGACUCGUGGGAAGAGGAGAUUCAAGUAUCUAGACAUGCCAGAAGUCUCAGACAGCAGGAGAAUGGGGUUCGAAUUCCUCCCAGUGGCUGGAAGUGCACCAAGUGUGAAAUGCGAGAGAACCUGUGGCUAAACCUGACGGAUGGCUCUGUCCUCUGUGGGAAGUGGUUCUUUGAUGGGAGCGGAGGGAACGGACAUGCCCUUGAGCACUACAAAGAAACCAACUUCCCUCUGGCAGUUAAACUCGACACAAUCACCCCAGAUGGAGCAGACGUUUACUCUUUUGAUGAAGAAGAAGCAGUGCUUGAUCCUCACAUAUCAGAACAUUUGUUACACUUUGGAAUAGAUAUGUUGCAAAUGCAAAGGACAGAGAAUGGCCAUCAUACAGACAACCACGUCCAGCCACGUGUGAGUGACUGGGAAGUGAUUCAGGAGGCGGGUCUAAAACUAAAGCCUGUCUAUGGCUCAGGAUAUACAGGCAUUAAAAACUUGGGCAACAGCUGCUACCUGAGCACCACUAUGCAAGUGCUUUUUAGUAUUCCAGAGUUCCAGAGAGCGUAUGUUGGGAACUUACAGAGAAUAUUUGACUACUCGCCCCUUGAUCCAACUCAGGAUUUCAACACACAGAUAGCGAAACUCGGUCAUGGACUUCUCUCAGGCCAGUACUCAAAACCUCCAAUGAAAUCAGAACUUAUUGAACAGGUGAUGAAAGAAGAAUACAAGCAGCAGCAAAGAGGGAUUUCACCUAAGAUGUUCAAAGCUCUGGUCAGUAAAGGACAUCUAGAGUUCUCCUCGAACCGGCAACAAGAUGCUCACGAAUUCUUGCUGCACUUAAUUAACCUGGUAGAGAGGAACAGUUCAGGCUCAGAGAACCCCAGCGAUGUGUUCCGCUUCUUAGUUGAGGAACGAGUGCAGUGCUGUCAGACACAGAAGGUGCGCUACACACAGCGGGUGGACUACCUUAUGCAGCUUCCUGUACCUUUAGAGGCAGCCAGCAACAGAGAGGAGUUAAUAGCAUAUGAGAGUAAGCGGAAGGAAGCUGAGGAGAACUUGCGGCCCGCUCCAGAGCCGGUGAGAGCCCGAAUCCCCUUCACUGCCUGUCUGCAAGCCUUCACUGAGCCUGACAAUGUUCCAGACUUCUGGAGCUCUGCGCUGCAAGCCAAGUCAGCCGGGGUGAAGACUUCUCGUUUCGCAUCCUUCCCAGAGUACAUGGUCGUACAAAUAAAGAAGUUCACAUUUGGGGUCGAUUGGGUGCCCAAAAAGUUAGAUGUUUCUGUAGAUGUACCUGAUUUCCUGGACUUGAAUCGCCUCCGGGCCACAGGGCUACAGGCUGGAGAAGAGGAGUUGCCUGACCUUACACCUCCCAUUGUCAUUCCUGAAGACACCAGAGACAGUACAACAAACAACUCUUUGGAAUCUCCAGAAAUAGAUGAAUCAUCCGUGAUGCAGCUGGCAGAGAUGGGUUUCCCUCUGGAAGCCUGUCGGAAAGCAGUGUACUACACUGGGAAUAUGGGAGCAGAGAUGGCCUUUAACUGGAUAAUAGCACACAUGGAAGAGCCAGAUUUUGCAGAGCCUCUGGCAGUUCCCUCUUACAUGGAAGCAGACCUGCCCAGCCCCAGCCUCCCUACAACCAGUGCACUGGACAGCCAGCCUCCAGAAGAGAGCAUCUCCAUCCUCACCUCCAUGGGCUUCCCCAGACAUCACACAAUCCAGGCUCUCAAAGCCUCGAACAACAACUUGGAGCGCGCGUUUGACUGGAUAUUCACACACCCAGACUGUGAGGAUGAGAGCGAGGCUAUGUCAGACACGGCAGACACAGAACCGAAUGAUAACAUCUUCUCAAACGCCAAUGCCCACAGCGACUCCUCACUGUCUCCAGAUCAGGACCUGUCCAGCCCCCGUGUCAGAGACGGACCCGGACGUUACGAACUGUUUGCCUUCAUCAGUCACAUGGGAGCAUCCACAAUGUCUGGUCAUUAUGUGUGUCAUAUCAAAAAAGAGGGCAGAUGGCUGAUUUACAACGACCACAAAGUAUGUUUGUCAGAGAGGCCCCCUAAAGACUUGGGCUACAUGUACUUUUACCGGCGCCUGUCAAGCUGCUAGAUCUGGACCUUCAUAACAUUAUGCACAGCCGUUAGGCCAGAGAGGUGUGUGGGGCACCACUGACACUGCUGGAAACUAGGGAAGCAUUUACAUCUGUGAGACCGAGAGAGGACCUCUCAGUCCCUGCCAAGACCCGCACAGACGCUCAGCAGGGAAACCAACGUGUGGCAUCCGAGUUUUGUUUAUUUGUUUGUCUCGUGUCCGCUUUAAAGGUACAGUGGGGUGCGUGCAAUUUUAGGUAUGCAGAUUAUUUUCCUAAUAUAUUCUCAAAUGAUUUGUUAUAUUUCUGUUUGAAUAGUUUAAGCUCCCGUGCCAGUAUUUUCCAGAUGUACUUCUUUUGAAAAUAUAAUGUUGUGCCUGCAUUUACAAAUGCUUAUACUGCCAUCUCAGCAGAAUGUACUCGCUGCAGUUCAUUUGGUAUCCUUUGGGUUUUAUCUCAAAAAUCUAUCAGAAUGGAUUUCAAAUACAGAUCAUGUUAAUUGGAGUUUGUGGGGGCUGCAGUCAAUACAAAACAUAAUGUGAUUGUUUCAUUUUUUUAAUCACGCCCAUACAAGAAAAAAAGUGUUAGAAGGCAUGUUUAUUGAAGUAUUGGACUACGCUUUCUGUUAUUUCUGAUAUUUAUUCUAGCAUUCAGACUGAUCCAUGUAUGUGGCACCAUCAAAUUGUUCUUUAUCCCAAAAAGGGAUAGGAAAAUUUCAUGAAAAUUGAUGUCCAAAAUGUUGUUUCAUUGCAUCAUUUGAUCACCAAGGGAACAGUCUGAAGGGAAUGGGUGCCAUCAGAAUGAAAAAAAAAAACAUUGCAAUAAUCCAAAAGUAAUCCACACAACUCCAGUACAUCGAUUAACAUUUUGGGAAAUGAAAAGAUGCAUGUUUGUAAGAAACACACACUUUGCCAAAUGUUAACUGUUGGGCUCUAGAUAUUCUGACGGCACCCAUUCACUGCAGAGGAUCCAUUGUUUAGAAAGUGAUGCAAUGCUAAAUUUCUCCAAAUCCGUUUCAACGAAAAAACUAAUUCAUCUACAUUGUAGAUAGCCUGAGGAUAAGUACAUUUUCAUUUUUUAGUGUACUUUUCCUUUAAUGAAGGUUUAUUCUACCCAGCAGCACAUUUGUUCACUUUCCAAACCUUUAGGCAGAAGUGAGCUUGUACUUUAAUGAUUUUUGUUUAAAUUUAAGAACACUGAGCCUCAUUUAUCGGCAUGCCUUGAAGAAUAUUUCAUUUGUACAAUAUCAUCGCAUUCAACUUUAUGAUAGCUUUCAGUCAGUCUGUGAUAGCUGAGCAGAAAAUGCAGCAAUAUCACAUAUUCAUGCAAUGUUCAAGUGCUUUACUUUGAUCAUAUCUGAAGCCGUUUAAAGACCGGGGUGCAUUUGAAAUCGUUCCGUUUCACUGACUUCCAGUCUCAAAGAAUGUAAAACUAUUUUUAUCCCGUACCUAAGCAAUAUGUGAUGACAUACUGCAUAUAAAGCUGAAUUACAUGCAGUGUCAUACAUGAACUAUCUCAGAUACAUGUACGUAUUGGUGCUCAGUGUUACCAAAUCUCAAGCUUUCAAAAGCUUUACAGCAUAUCUGACAAACUUGGCUCCGCCUACAUCACCAUUUACCAAUUUCAAACCUUUUUCAUUUAUUUGCUGAAAAUGGGCUGAAUUAAAACGUAAAAUGUAUUGUUUUAUGACAUAAUCUCACUCAGGCUGAGGUGGGGCCUGUUCAUCUCGAUUUAUUUCAACUACACGGUUGUAGAUUGUACGCUGUCAUGUUUAUUUCCGUUGUGCGCUACCUUUUAUGUUGGGAGUUCAGCGUCUUUGUUCCUUCACCUCGUGUUGUGCAUGUGUCUUAUCCAUCCGAGGUUCUCUCGCUCUUUCUCUCCUUCUCUUUCUUACUUUGAAUGAAUAUUCAUACCCAUUUCCUUCUGCUUCUGUCUCUUAUAUUGAUGCUUUCUUUUAGGGUGUGAAAGUGGAUGCUUUUACCCCACCUUUUUCAAACAUGCCUUGAUUUAUUUUUUUCAGUAUGUGCACUAAAAACCAGAGGUUAGUCAGUUGACAUUUUGCAAUAUAUUAUUGAUCUUUACCGGGUUCUGUUUUUCAUGGAACUGAAGGUCAAGUGGUAUGUUUUUAUUGUUUAUCUAUCUUUUUUUUUUUUUUUUUGCAAAAAAGUGUGCCAAUUCUGUAGUUACUUUACAAACUUGCCCACUUGUUUGUUAUAAUUUUUUUUUUUUUAAUGGAUUUUCUGAUCCAUACAUUGUUUAGAAA